CCACGCCUAUGGAGGUCAGUAAAGGCGUGGCUGCGCGUUCACGUGAAGACGCGGAAGUGGCUCCUUCGCGAGCGCCUGUCAGCGUUGUUAUUAGCCGUUUUUCAGCUCUUGCUAAUCUUAGAAGUUUGUAACAGUGUCUUUUCUUCGGGAUGGCUCUCCCACCGCAGCUGAAACCGAUCCAGCACUAUUUAAGAACAGCGCAGGAACAUGAGAAAAGAGAGCCGGUGGUCGCUUAUUACUGUCGACUUUACGCCAUGCAGACGGGAAUGAAACUAGAUAGCAAAACUCCAGAGUGCCGAAAGUUUCUGGUGAAACUAAUGGAUCAGUUGGAAAUGAUGAAGAAGGAGCUCAGCGACAAUGAAUCCAUCACGCAGGAAAUAGUUGGCAAUGCCCACAUUGAGAAUUACGCCUUGAAAAUGUUCCUCUAUGCAGACAGUGAAGAUCGAUCAGGACGUUUCCACAAGAAUAUGAUCAAGUCCUUCUACACCUCAAGUCUCCUGUUUGAUGUGUUGAAUGUCUUUGGCGAAUUAUCAGAUGAGAAUAUCCAGCACAGGAAGUAUGCAAAGUGGAAGGCAGCCUACAUCCACAACUGCCUGAAGAAUGGGGAGACACCACAGCCUGGUCCUAUUGGAAUGGAGGGGGAAGCAUAUGAUGAUGAAUUUGGUGCAGAGGGUGGUGAUCCUUCAGAAGCGCCUCACAAUCCACCUCAAUCUCAGCCUUCUUUCCAUGGCCACCCAUCAAAUCAACCCCCAGCUUCCAAUUUCAGUAAUAUUCAGAUACCUCCUGGGUCACACGCCCCAGCCAAUACACCUGCAGAGAUUCCCCAUCCGGAAGCACAGCCCGUCAAACCAGUGCCUGUUCCACGAUCCAUGCCAGUGGUCGAUCCUUCACUUCUAAACAAUACUCAAGAAGGUGAUGUGCGGCUCACAGCAGAAGACUUUACUCGGGCUCAGAAAUACUGUAAAUACGCAGGCAGUGCACUGCAAUAUGAGGAUGUGGGCACUGCCAUCCAGAAUCUGCAGAAGGCCCUGAAGCUACUAACCACUGGCAAAGAAUGAGACCAUUGUGCUGUCCCCCCUAAAACCACUUUAUCAGAAAUCUGGCCCAGAGGAACUGAAAAAGGGCCUUUUCCUUAGCCCCAUCUGUAUCAAAAUGGGACACGUCACAGGACCCCCCAAUCACUCAAUACAACAUCUGUUUCUGCCAUAUUGGAUGUCAAUAGUUGCUCAUUAGUAGACAGAUGAGAUACAGAUACAACACUAAAAAAUCAGGUGCAUGUGAAAGACCCUUUCAAAUUCUGAGGAGUUCAUACAUAUUUAUGGUUUGAGGUGUUUUAAUGGUUUUUUUUUUUUUUUUUCUGGCUUCACAACAAUUUGGUUAGAUAUGCAUGGACAUGGAAGCAUGUCUCAAGAUAUCUCUUAAGCAGGAAUUCUCAUCUUACCCCAAGCAAUCUGAAACAUGAGCUUUGGAGACACUUUGCCCUUAACUACUUUUACUACUUUGCUUUCACUUCUGUGUGUAUACUUCAGGUGAAAAGAUUCUGCAGUUAGUUUACAUAGUAAACAUAGCCGUUAGUUAUGCAUUGCUACGAUCAACAAUAAAUCUUUUUUGGUCA